UUCUACGUUCACUCAGCAUUGCUCAUGCAGCGAUCGGAGAACAACUUCGGCUCUCUUUUCCCUGUAGCGCUCCAAGAGGGCGAAUCAGAGCAUCAAACAUCCAUGCUCCUCGUCCGCGAGCACUCUCAGGUCCUGAACGUCAUACUGCACACCAUCUACGGCCGGCCUUGCGACCAGUUUAGCCCGACCAAUGACACGCUGAGUGCGGCGAUCGCGGCCUUGUACACGUACGGCGUGCCGCUCGCUGUGCACCUCGCACCGGGGAUGCCGCUCUUCGCGCUGCUCGUUGCGCGCACACCCGGCGCACCGCUCUUCAUCUACACACUUGCAGCACAGUACGACCUAUACGACCUCGCGGCGCAGGCGUCCACGUUCCUGCUCAGCUUGAAGCUCGUCGACAUCGGUCAAGAGUGCGCAGAUCGCAUCGGCCCUGUGUACCUUCAGAGGCUCAUCUCGCUCCAGCAUGCACGCGUAGAGGCUAUGAAAGAGAUCCUACGCGAACCACCUGGUGAGCACCCGCCGACGGACCACUGUGACGCGGAGACGCAGGCUGGGAUGACGCGGGCAUGGAUGCUGACCGCGGCGUAUCUCAUAUGGGAGGCGCGGCCGGAGCUGACGACGACGUCUAUGGAGGUAACGUUCGAAAACGUCGCGGGAAGUAUACGAUGCACGGCAUGCAAAACCGUCUUCGGCGAACGCCUGGCGCGAGCACUGAAUAGCUGGGCACAGCAGAGGAGAACGAUAUGACAAGCAGACGCACGAUGGAUUAGCGAGACUGAGUGCCCUCGUUUCCCACAGGUCUCAAACACCCCCAUGACCAUGCUUCUGCUAUCACCAAUAAGAUGCCGCUGCGUGGACAGAUAUUUCUAGUGGAAUUUUUGUGCAGUAUCACUGCGACCGACAGCUAUACACGCAAUUGAAGUUGAACCGUAGCCAGAUUGCACAGAGGCCCUCUCGCACCAUCGCAUCAUGACGUUGCCACCACCACCAAAUUUUGCCGACGUACGUACUGCAGCACUGAGUUUUUGGACAGCGGAUAAUCUCCGGGGCGGAAGUCUCGAGCUCCAAUUGACCUGCAAGAUGGCGUCCUGAGGAGCACUGGGCCAAGCUACGUGGUCGCCGUGAAAAUUUUGCACUCUGUGUCUCUCUAGGUUUUGGGAUAAUGCGCUAUCAAAACCCAGAUUGAAUGCCA